UAAGCUCGCAAUCUAGAAAGAAUCACUUGCCAGCGAGAAAGCACUAAUCAAACUAUUUACAAACUUUCUCGAAAGGGAAGGGAGAAACCCACAUCCGAGCGAAGGAAAGGGAGGAGCCACUCCUACUUGGUAAGGGAAGGGGUAGCCGCGACUGGAUGAAAAAAAACCCUAUGGGAGGAAAGCUCUCUCUCCCUAGAGAGUCUCUUUCUAACGUUCUAAAUAACAAAAUAUUAUCACAUAUUUACAACAUAUAAUAGAAUUUCUAUAAUUUUACACACAAAAUAUUAUAAUUGAUUGCUAAUCAAUAAAAAAUUAAAUCAAAUCUUUUCUAAAAUUGUCUUCUGAUCAAAUUGAUUAAUAAGUUAUUUGUUAAUUAAAAAAGAUUAAUUGUCCUUUCCCAUAUUUAGUCCUAUGUUGUUGCGCAUAGUUCGGAGUCAAAAAAGUGAAUAAAUUUUAAUUUUUUUCAAAAAAAAAACCUCUCCUCUGCUUUUUGUUUCAAAAUAAAAUUCUUUUUUUUUUCUUUUUUCUCCCUUCUCUCUCAAAUCAAAACAAAAAACACAAAAAGAAAUCAAAAAAUCAACAAAAUUUAUUUUACUUUUUGUGUUGUUUUGUUUUGUUUUGUAUUGCAGGGAAAUCACAAUGGGAACAUUAAACAGUUUUAGAAAAGCAUAUGGAGCACUUAAAGAUUCAACGAAGGUUGGGCUUGCAAAUCUUAAUAGUGAAUUUAAGGAAUUAGAUGUUGCAAUCGUGAAGGCCACUAAUCAUGAAGAACGUCCUCCUAAAGAACGUCAUGUUCGAAAGAUCUUUUUAGCAACUUCAGCAACACGUCCACGUGUAGAUGUAGCAUACUGUAUUCAUGCACUGGCAAGGAGAUUAUCAAAGACGCGAAGUUGGAUUGUAGCAGUAAAGACAUUGAUCGUGAUUCAUCGAACGUUGAGAGAGGGAGACCCUACCUUUCGAGGAGAGUUUCUAAAUUAUGCAUAUAGAGGAAAUGUUCUUCAAAUUCCAAAUUUCAGAGAUGACUCUUCCACAUUGGCAUGGGAUUGCUCUGCAUGGGUUCGAACAUAUGCUCUAUUUCUAGAAGAAAGGUUAGAGUGUUUUAGAGUUUUGAAAUACGACAUUGAAGCUGAGCAUUUGACAAAAUCAUCACCUGCAGCAACCAAGGUUUAUAUCUCUCUCUAAUUAAAAUCCCCAUUUGAUAUUAAUUAAUUAAUUAUUUAUUUAUUUAUUAUUUGUAAGUAGGUGCAUAAUAGAACAAGGCUUUUAGAUCGAGAUGAAUUACUACAUCAAUUACCAGCAUUACAACAACUUCUUUUUCGUCUUAUUUGUUGUCAGCCUGAGAGAGGAGCUUAUUGUAGCUAUCUUAUACAGUAUGCUUUAGCCUUGGUUUUGAAAGAGAGUUUCAAAAUAUAUUGUGCAAUUAAUGAUGGAAUAAUCAAUCUUGUUGAUAUGUUCUUUGAUAUGUCAAGACAUGAUGCAGCCAAAGCCCUAAAUAUAUACAAACGAGCAGGCAAACAGGCCGAAAAUCUUGCUGAACUUUAUGAAUAUUGCAAGAGUUUGGAGCUUGCUAGAAAAUUUCAAUUUCCAAUAUUAAGACAGCCUCCUCCAUCAUUUCUUACAACAAUGGAAGAAUACAUCAAGGAAGCCCCUCAAACAUCUUCUGUCAAUAGGAGACUGGAAUAUAUACAGAGCGAAGAAUCAUUGUCAGAUAAGGAAGAAGAAGAGCCUUCAGAACCAAUAAAACAAGAAGAAGAUGAAAAAAUAGAUGACAAUGAAGCAAUAGUAAACACAGAAGAAGAAGAAGUUCAGCCUGAAGAACCAGUGGAAGAAUCUCCACCGUUGAUUUCUAAUAAUGAUGUUAUUGGAGAUCUACUUGGUUUGAAUAAUGAAGUAAAUCCAAAAGCUAUUGAGUUAGAGGAAAGCAAUGCAUUAGCUCUUGCAAUUAUCCCACCUGGUGGUGUUCAUCCCUCUUCAUCAAAUAAUGCUUUAAGUGAGCUUGGUAUGCCAAAUGCAACAGGAUGGGAACUAGCACUUGUUACCGCACCAAGCAGCAAUGCUAGCCAUGUAGUAGAAAGCAAAUUGGCUGGGGGAUUUGAUAAACUAUUGCUUGAUAGCUUGUAUGAAGAUGAUAGUGCAAGGAGACAAAUAGAAUUGCAGAAAGCAGGGUAUGGAUAUGGUGAAAUGGGAGUUGAAAAUAAUCCAUUUGAACAACAAGAUCCAUUUAUAAUGUCCAAUAACAUAGCACCUCCACCAAGUGUACAAAUGGCAAUGAUGGCUCAACAGCAGUAUCACCUCCAGCACCAACAACAACACCAAUCUAUGAUGAUGGUUCCUUAUCAAUAUCAAUCUCAAAAUCCUCAACCACAAAUGCAGCCAAUGAGUGCUUCAAAUCCUUUUGGUGAUCCUUUCCCAAGUCUUCCACAAAAUUCAAUGCCACAACAAGGAAACCAUAUGCUACUUUAGAAUAUAUAUUAUUUGCUUUUCUUGGUUUCAUUGUAUAAUCUUUCUUUUUUCUUAGAAAUAAGAGAAUCAUUUAUUUGCUAUUAAGUAUGUUGUGGU